UAAAGAAACCUGAGACUAAACGAACACCAGCGAAGAAGCGGGCACAGAGAGAUAUCACGACCAUGAAGACCAAACCGAAAUCAGCUAAGAAGGUGCCCCAGGUUGAUCCCAAACCAGCACUUGAAAAAGGAUCAAUCCAAAAGAAGGCAGUGUUAAGCAAGAUCUCCGGUGAUAAGGACGAGAGCAAACCCGUGACAUCCACAGCUACUGUAUACAAGAUACCUAAAAUACCUCAAACUAAACCAGCGAAGAUGCUGCCACAGGAAGGUACUAAGACUAUGGAGACCAAACCGACAUCAGCUAUUAAGAAGGUGCCCCAGGGAGAUCCCAAACCAGCAUACAAGAUACCCAAGAUACCUAAAACUAAAAGUGCACCAGCGAAGAUGCUGCCACAGGAAGGUACUAAGACCACGGAGACCAAACCGACAUCAGCUAUUAAGAAGGUGCCCCAGGGAGAUCCCAAACCAGGUGCAUCCAUAUUGAAAGACUCGACUCAAUUCCGGGAAAAUGUAAGGAGUGGAAAGGGGAUUAGUGCACCGAAGGAACAAGCAAAAAAGAGGAAGGCACCAGAAGAAAAGAACGCCCUAAAUAAUAAAAUUCGCAAGAGUAAUUCUACACACCCCCCGAGUGAUGUCAACGAUGGUGGCAGCGCGACUGUAAAUGCAUCAGACUCUGCGAUUGUUCGCGACAACAAAGUGACCGGGCAGGAAGUCAACUUUAAUUUCUUUUAAUUUCAUGUAAU